AGGCGUAGGGCCGUUCCCGCCGCCAUGGAGCGCGCCAUGCUUCGCUGGCUGCGGGGCUUCGUGCUGCCUGGGGCCACCUGCCAGAGCGACAACGACGAUUAUCUCCGUUACCAGAUCCUCUUCGAAGACCUGGACCACAACGGCGACGGCGUGGUGGACAUCCUGGAGCUCAGGGAGGGGCUGAAAAACUGGAACUCCGCGUUUGACCCCGACUCGGAGACGACUAUUCUUAAUGCUGGAGAUACCAAUGCUGACUCAGGAUUGGACUUCGAAGAAUUUGUGCAGUAUCUUCAAGACCAUGAGAAAAAAAUGAAGCUGGCCUUCGAUAGUUUGGACAGAAAUAAGGAUGGAGUCAUAGACACUGUAGAAGUAAUUGCUGCUGUGAAAUCACUGGGUGUCGAUAUUUCGGAAGCUCAGGCAAACAGCAUUCUCAAAAGCAUGGAUAGUGAUGGGACAUUGACAAUAGACUGGGAUGAGUGGAGAGACUACUUUUUACUUCAUCCUGCAACAAAUAUCAAUGAAAUUAUCCGUUUCUGGAAGCGUUCUACUAUAAUUGAUAUCGGAGAGAGUAUAGCCAUUCCAGAUGAAUUUACUGCAAAAGAAAAGAAGUCUGGAGAUUGGUGGAAGCGUUUGGUGGCAGCAGGAAUAGCGAGUGCAGUCACACGGACGUGCACUGCACCUCUGGACCGCUUGAAAGUUAUGAUGCAGGUUCACAGUUUAAAGACAAGGAAAAUGAGAUUGAUUAGUGUGUUUGAACAGUUGAUAAAAGAAGGAGGAGUGCUUUCUCUUUGGCAAGGCAAUGGUAUAAAUGUCUUUAAAAUUGCACCGGAAACAGCACUUAAGGUUGGGGCCUAUGAACAGUAUAAGAAGUGGCUUAGUUUUGAUGGUACCCGUAUAGGAAUUCUUGAAAGAUUUAUAGCUGGUUCCUUAGCUGGUGCAACUGCCCAAACAUGUAUUUACCCCAUGGAGGUAAUAAAGACCAGACUUAUUGUAGCUAAAGCUGGAGAAUAUUCUGGGGUUUUUGAUUGUAUCAAGAAACUUCUGAAGCAAGGGGGUGUGCAAGCCUUUUUCAAAGGUUAUAUUCCUAACUUGCUGGGCAUCAUACCUUACGCAGGCUUAGACCUUGCAGUUUAUGAGCUUUUGAAGAGUUAUUGGCUGGAACAUUAUGCAGAAAACUCUGUAAACCCUGGGAUAAUGAUUUUGCUGGCCUGUAGUACAUUGUCUCAUACUUGCGGGCAGUUAGCAAGCUUCCCCUUGAACCUUAUUAGAACUCGCAUGCAGGCUGCAGGCCUGGUCAAAAAAGAAAAAAUAUCUAUGCUUCAACUCAUUCAAGAAAUAUACAACAAAGAAGGAAAAAAAGGAUUUUUCAGGGGAAUCACUCCUAACAUCAUAAAGGUGCUUCCUGCAGUAGGCGUUGGCUGUGUGGCUUAUGAGAAAGUCAAGCCAUAUUUUGGAUUAACCUAG